ACGGCGUUAGGUUGUCCCGAUGCCGCCCUGCGCUCCGAUUUUAAGAACAGUUUGUGCGGACGUAAAUUUAUUUUACAUGCCUAGACAAGACCCGUUGCUAAGCGAGUGUUACGUUUAAUAUUCGCUUAAUUAUCGUCGACAACAAAGUUUUUCAACUGUUUAAUCACGAUUGCAAGUGAAUUUGUGAUGGAUUCGAUGUACAAAGUUUAUUUUCGUCGCCUAAUAUCCGCAUCUGUAUAUUUACGCACAUUAUUUCCCCAUGUUUAAACCAAAGCCAAACACGCGUAUAUUUAAGUGGUUUCCUGCACUUUAGAAUUGAAUCCUUCGGUCCAAAUUCUGUGACUUAACAUACAUCCCUAAUAUCAAACCUAUAUCAAAGUAACUUGUAGUCAUAUCCCUUUUAACUUUAAGUAUAUUGUAAAUAAACGAUUGACAUUUGUCUGGUGCGUGGACCAAACUUUUGGAUUGAUAAUGGAAAUACAUUAAGUGUAAAUUAGUGUAUAUACUAACUGUGUACGAUAAAUGAUUUAUUCAUCAGUUAAUAAUUUAAGUGUAAACAAACUUGGAAAGGCUACGUCAAGUAUUAAUUAAUAUCGAUUCUGUCAAACUCAAGAUUACGAGCAAAAUGUCAGCUCCUACUACGGACAGUACAGAAGCUAUCACCAACUCAGGAUAUGGGAGUAGCGAUGAGACCGCCAGUCUAUUAGUCUCUGGCCCUUCAGUAACAGUCAUCGUUCCUUCAGUAGCCACAGAGAAUAGAACAGCUAAACCUAUCUUACAAAGGCAAGAUUGCACGACACAUUUACGUCCGCAGCUGUCAGGCGGACCAGGAAGCGAAGAGAGCGCGACUUCCGUAAGAUUGGAAGAUGGGGCGGCGAGAUCCGUUCCGGAUAUAGAACUACAAUGUCGAGAAAUACCCGCAGACCGACCUCAGACACUCGUCUCACCUAUCGCAACCUGCUCCCACCGAGGGUCAGUGACCGCGUGCCAACUAGUGCCGCAAACGUACUCUAGAUGUCGCGUUUGCGAGAGGCGGCAGUCGACAGCGCCAAUGUCGGCAUUGCAACUAGCGCGAUCUGUGUCGCGGGAAAGCGUACGUUCCGCGAUUCACUACCCGUGUGGUUGCAGUUCGCUCCACGCAGUUAGUACUUGUCCUGUUAUACAACCUCCAGCCUUACUGCUGCCGGCGACAAGUACCAGAAUCAUCCGGCAGAGCUCGCAGCCUGAAUCUAGCGCAUGCGCGGCCCACUGUCCUCACCAUGGCCAUCACCACCCUAGCGCCUCGCUGCGGCAACUAAGAGAACCAGGAGACGGAAUAGCCGGCAUCGCCGCAGACUCGCUGCGAAUCAACGGUGGCAUGCGUCCCUUCAAACAGCUGCGCAAGCCGGUGUCGACGCUCUCAAUCCCUGGCGCUAUGAAGGCGUACUCGGGAGGGGGGAGGGACGCGGCGGGCGAGGAAGCUGGAGUGGCCUUAGUCGGCGUCCACAGCGAGUACCCGCGCUUCGGCGAAGAGAGGGCGCUCGGUGGCGGCACGUACAAAGGCGGGGGGACAGCGAAACACAAACCUAAUAUAGGAUAUAGGUUAGGUAGAAGAAAGGCAUUAUUUGAAAAAAGAAAACGAAUAAGUGACUACGCUUUAGUAAUGGGAAUGUUUGGUAUUAUUAUAAUGGUAAUAGAAAAUGAACUAUCAAGUGCCGGUGUGUACACUAAGGCAUCAAUAUAUUCCCUGGCGUUGAAGACGCUUAUAUCAAUGUCGACUGUGAUUUUACUUGGCCUAAUCGUCGCGUAUCACGCUUUAGAAGUACAGUUAUUUAUGAUAGACAACUGCGCUGAUGACUGGCGAAUAGCUAUGACGUGGCAGAGAAUAGCCCAGAUCGCCUUGGAACUCGCAAUAUGCGCCGUCCACCCCAUACCUGGCCAGUACACCUUCACCUGGACAACUAAACUAGCCAACAAGGGUGGCGUGAUAGGAGUCGAAGUUGUACCAUAUGACGUCACACUAUCUCUGCCAAUGUUCUUUCGGCUGUAUCUUAUAUGUAGAGUAAUGUUACUUCACAGUAAACUGUUCACUGAUGCUUCUUCCAGAAGUAUAGGAGCUUUAAACAGAAUUAAUUUUAAUACUAGAUUUGUCCUGAAAACACUCAUGACAAUUUGCCCUGGCACCGUGCUAUUAGUUUUUAUGGUAUCUUUAUGGAUAAUUGCAAGCUGGACCCUCAGACAGUGUGAAAGGUUUCACGAUGAAGAACACGCUAACCUACUGAAUGCAAUGUGGCUUAUUGCGAUUACGUUUCUCUCCGUCGGUUUUGGCGACAUAGUGCCAAACACUUAUUGCGGCAGAGGUAUUGCUGUAAGCACCGGCAUUAUGGGAGCUGGAUGCACUGCGUUAUUAGUCGCGGUCGUUUCAAGAAAAUUAGAAUUAACUAGAGCCGAGAAGCACGUUCAUAACUUCAUGAUGGACACACAACUUACUAAAAGACUGAAAAAUGCUGCAGCUAAUGUACUUCGGGAGACGUGGUUAAUAUACAAACAUACAAGACUUGUGAAGAGAGUUCACCCUGGACGUGUUAGAACACACCAGAGAAAGUUUUUGUUAGCUAUUUACGCAUUGCGGAAAGUAAAGAUGGAUCAAAGAAAGUUGAUGGAUAAUGCCAACACGAUAACAGACAUGGCAAAGACGCAGAACACGGUGUACGAAAUAGUUUCGGAUAUGAGUACUAGACAAGAUACUAUAGAAGAGAGGCUGACUAGUUUAGAAGAGAAACUUACUACAUUACAGGAACAAGUGAACAGCUUACCGGACGUAGUGGCUCGGUGUUUACAGCAGUGUUGGGAAAGAGCCGAGCAAAGGAGAAACUUCCUGCACCCCGACACUGCUGCCGUGCCUACUCCGCCAUCGUCUUCUAUUGCUCCGUAUGCUCGGACGAUUGCAUCAGCAUCCCAUCCCUGGCCACCCAGUCCGGUGCUGCAGUCAGCGGCGCGAACUCACUCUGCUCCUGAGAGCACCACAGCCCACUCUCCAUCACCAGCUCAACCGCAGCCUUCGAGCCCGGCUCCACACACCCGGCCACCUCUACCCAGCUGAGUACCGCUCUCCAACUCCGAACUCCUAUGCUGAACUCGACGAAACUCGGCGCCCGUCCUCUAACCCCCUCUUACUCCUAUCACUACUACGCCCCAAAGAGAAUGCCGCGAAAAUCAUUCCACUCUAUCACAAAACAAAAGUUAGACAUUAAGUUUAUAACGAAUUUAUAAUUAGCUAACUGACAUCAAAACUGCUCAACGUGAAAUUGCCUAUCGAAAAUUGAGUAAUUUUGAUGUCUUCGCGUAUUGAUGCCAAUGAAUUUUUUUAGUUAAAAAUUUGAGCGGAAUGAAACAGUGGAAUGAUUUUUCGGUAAACCGAUGGACCACGCCGCGGUGCGAGACAAGGUCAGCCGUAGUUUUCUUCGCUGUUCCCCAAAAAGUUUCGGAUGUGCCAGACUGUUCUUUAGUGAUAUUGUUUAGAUAGUGAAUGAAAUGCGGCGGGAGGGACUUGCUGUUGUGAUUAUACAAAUUGCUUUAUCGAUAGACGCUUUAGAUAAUACAUUAGAAGAUAUUUUGAAUACAUUAUCAGCAUUAGAAUAGUUAGGAGGGCAGCACACGUCCGUUCACGUUUUGUCUACAAUUCAAAGAACCAAAUUACACAGUUUUAUAAUGACUUCGUGUGUUUUACUAAAGUUAAUUGUGAGUACUUUGACAGUUAUUCUGUCGCAUGGAGAAAUCUGUUGAAUCAACGAAAACCUACUUUAUAAAACGUUUAAGAGAUUUCUUCAUGAUACAGAAAUAGAACAUAGUUCGAGAAAAUAAAGCAGUAUAGACCACAAUAUUAGUUUGUACUUAGCGAAUUGCAUUUACUGGUCAGAAAAUAGAUAUGUUGACUGCAUAUGUACGCAUUUUUAAGGAACACAAUAUUAGAGUCCAAAUUAGCUUAUAAUUAUUAUGUUUCCUUGUUUCAAUAAAUCUUAUUGAUAUUUUCAAAAACAAUAAAAUAUGGUUUUAAAAAAAUCGAAUACUUGAUAUGUUUUCAUUGAACCGGUUAGUACCAUGACAUUACCAAGCGAUACCAUUGCCUAAACAGAAUAAAGAUAGGAUUCAUUAAAGCACACCUACAAGAUAAUUACAAGGAAUGGAAGUUUGGUGGAUCAUGAAGUUAACUUCAUCGCGGCCUUUAAUAUUAUGAUAUGUUAUCAAUUUCACAAACUUUUAAUAACAAAAUAUAUAUAUUAGUGCAAUGUGCAACUUAUUAUAAAUUAACAUACAUUAUAUAAUACAUACUUCGUGAUGAGAUACAGAAAAAACAGUUCUUACUAUUUCUGAAUUAUUAGGAUUUUAAAAGACUUUUCCAAGCGACCAAAACAAUAUUUGGCAAUUUAACUUUGAUGAUGUAAGUGAAAAGGAUCCAUCUCCUUUCCAUUCAUUUUUUAAGUUAGUCUCACGUAAUGUAUAAUCUGUAUACACACAUUAUCUUGAUAUAGAUUAUAAUAAAAUUGUUACUACCUGCCUAUUGACAUGUAGAUUGUAAUUUUUUUUAAAUUAGUGUAAGUAAAGCUUUGUAUAAGACAUAAGAUUGAUGGCUGUCUAAAUAGUGCCUAAAACACUACGAAAUUUCGAUAAUUCAGUUUUAUUAUCCUAAUAACUUAUGAAGUGUAAAUAUAUAAGUAAAAUUGAGAGCGUAAUAUAUAGAAAUUAUCUGACUUUUGUAGAUAUACAUGAACAUUAUGAUGGGAACAAUUUCUUUAUACAUUUUAGUUGUAGCAGUUUUCAUUGUGUGUUUAUUUAUCAACCUAUCGAUAUUUCAUCUGUGUUUGAUGGAGUUACAACUGACACUAAUAUCUGCGAAUUUAACUCAAGUAUAAAUUAAUAGUCGAGACCAAACCCUAAUAUAUUAAUAGGCAUAAUGUCACUUAUUACAUAAACGUUUAUAAUUAUCUUAAAAUUCCCAUAAAAUCGUUAAUAUAUCCUGGUAUCAACACAUAAAAACUUUAAUUAUAACGAUACCCUCAUAUCUUUAAAAAUAAUAAAAAAAAUACUCCAUUAUAUCCUCAAUAUUUAAAAUUAUCAUUGUACCUAACAAAAUUGAUAUCGGAUAUUAGAUUAACCCCAUUACUUUUAAUUUAAAAUUAAAAUAAUUAUGUAGGAUAAUAUAUCAACUCCUAUAACAUCGUUCGUAUUAAAAACACCAACUAGUAUUAAAUAUACGUUUUAUAGUAUAUUAUAUUUCUUGCAUUAUUACUACGAAAUACCUUAAUCCUUUAUCUAAAACUUUUUCUAAUAUAUCCUAACAGUGUUUGAAUCCUUUCUAAUCCCUAGUAUUUAAAACUACCUCGAUAUUUUUACAAGUUAUAGUUACAUUUUUAUCAAUUUAAUGAAUAGUAAUAACUGCCAUUGAUUACUAUGUAAUAAACAUUUCAGCAAAACCAAUUUGAUAUAAAUGAUUGAAAGUAAAACAGUUGCCUAAAUUUCAUUAUUUUACUUUUCUCAGUAUAAAAUAUAUACUUUAUUAUUAAAAUUAACAUAAUUUCAAAUAAAUUUAAUAUCAUACAGCAGUUAUCAUUUAAUUACUUAAUUAAUAUCAAAAUAUGAACCCAUAAUGUUUUCAUUCGUCUUAGAUAAAUCAUUAAGUAAUAUGUAACGAGACUAGAAAAAAAAAUGUUCAUCAGAAUGCACUUGAUUUCAAAAUAGGUAACUCCCAACGCACAAUGAGUGGAAAUAGCGAGUUGUUCUCAAAACAUUUUAUUAAUCUUGACAUAAAGUAGCCUAAUGAAUUGUCCCCAGAUUAAAAAUUUAAAUGAUCUAGUCACUAAGUAUAAUUGCUUUAUAGAUUUGUUAUAUAAUUAUACCUAUUCGCAAAAGUAUUUUUAUGACUAUGUCACCUUCAAUCCAGUCGUAGCAAUGUCAAACAUUAAUUACGACAAAAAAUCAUUAAAAUAUUUUUGCCAAUCGAUUAACUAUUUUUAGCGAAAUUUCAAAAUUAAAACUAUUUAUUUGUAAUAAGAAUUGACCAAAUGUUGUUUAAGAUUGAUAAAAAUAGAAUCUGUAAAUAAUAGAUGCGAAUCACUAAGACAUUAUGUACUUUUAAAUAAAUAUGUAAAUACCAGUUGUAUUUGCGAAGUUUAAUGUAAAUAAUUUUAAGAAUUACGGUUCCAGUAAAAUAUUUUUAAAUAAAUUGCAUCCAUUAUACAGGUCGAGUAACUAAAAUUUACAUUUGAAUACGUAUUUUGUCAAAAGAACAAUUGAAUACAGACAAAGUAUUUGAAAAUGGUCUGCAUAGUGUAGGUGUCAAUUUCAAACACUUAUCAUUAAUUCUUUAAGAGUAUCUACAUACUACAUUAUAAUGAAGUAUGUUGUUAUAACAACAAUUGAUAUUAUUUGUUGAUUGCACUAAAACAG